AUGGCAGGAGGACUGAAGAGCACUGAACCGGAGGAGGAGUUUGUGCACUCGCCCUUCAUCCGAAAGCAAGGCAACAUUUACAAGCCCAACAACAAGAAGCAGGACGGGGACAUGGACAACGACAGCCUCAACGAGAAGUCCAUGAUGGAGGACGUGCACACGAAGGAGAUCGACCUGGUCAAUAGAGAUCCCAAGAACAUCAACGACGAUGUGGUCAAGGUGGACUUUGUGGAUGUAAUAGCCGAGCCGGCGGGUACGUACAGCUUCGACGGCGUGUGGAAGGCCAGCUUCACCACCUUCACCGUCACCAAGUAUUGGUGCUACCGCCUGCUGACGGCAGUGGUUGGCAUCCCAUUGGCGCUGGUGUGGGGCAUCUUCUUCGCUAUCCUGUCAUUUGUGCACAUCUGGGCUGUGGUGCCCUGCAUCAAGAGCUACCUGAUCGAGAUCCACUGCGUCAGCCGCGUCUACUCCAUCUGUGUGCACACCUUCUGCGACCCGCUCUUUGAGGCCAUGGGCAAGUGUUUCAGCAACGUGCGGAUCAGCACCACAAAGGAGGUGUAG